CUCGAUGUUGGUGUAUAUAAAGACUCUGACGAGCCUCAUGAACUGACAGACAGCCAUCGCCGCCAACUUUCCCUUCUAUUCUCCGAGCCCCUGCCUCGCUUCCUUGCUCACCCAAGUGCAAACCAAGUUUAGAAUGGCAAAGGAGGACGAUUUGAAGAGAGUUGAAUUGAAGGUUUCCGUUAACUGCUGCGAGGGCUGCAAGAGGAAAGUGUCGAAGGCCUUGAGCAUCAAAGGUGUGCUGAGAACAGAAAUCCACCCGACUCUGCCCAAACUCACGGUCAUCGGCAACGUCGACGUCGGAAUCCUCAUUAAGAAGUUGUCAAAGGUCGGAAAAAGCGCAGAGUUGUUGUCCGACGAGUCCCAGAAACCACAGGGAGAGGGGACGUGCUGCAAUGAAGCUUCUGAGAAGAAAACAGAGAAGCCAACCAAGAAAAAAAAGGACAAAGAAGGCAUGAUUGGAUGCGCGAAGUCGAACCCCGAGAAGGAGAAGAGCCCGAACUCGAUCGACGGCAAUGAGAGCAACAACAGAGGAGGCGGGGACGACGCCAGUAAAGGUCAGGAGAGCUCGAAGGAGGGCGGUGAUGCUGGAGGAAGCGAUGCUCCCGACGCAGCAAAGAGCUUCUACCCGACAACUGCAACAACAAUUCCGCAGGUGAACUGCAUGAUGAGCCCCGCGCUGAUGACGUCCGAAGCGCGAGUGUACUACCCGAUGGAGCCAGUCGCAGUUCCCACGCCGUACUACGACCCCGGUCCACCGCCUCACUACGUGCAUCAUCACCCUUCCUACUACGAAAUGCCGGCGUAUCGCCCGCCCCCGAUGGAGUCGCAGGCUACGGUAUUCGGCGACUACUUCAACGAUGACAACGCCGUCGGCUGUCGAAUCAUGUAGGCGGGGCGAAGCAUAUGAGAUGAGACGGUCAUGCGAGUGCUGUAUCUAAAAUAUCAAGUUUGACUUGACGCUUGAGGCAUAGAAAGGCCGAAUUCCUUGUCAGUAAUGCUGCAUUUAAAAUACUUUUGUUGCCAA